UGAAUACUUCAUACAUUGCGCGCUCUCUUGCCAAACCACAAGAGCGAGCACUUUUAAUCCUAAUAUAGAGUAUCACCCUGGCACGGUGCUACGGAUUGAAUAUGCUGUCUCUGAAAUGUUUGUCGGUUGUACUGGUGCUAUUUCUCUAUAUUGAUCGUUCCGAGUGCGACGGAUUUUCAUGUAGAGAAGCAGUAGAGGGAGAUAUCGUGGUCAAGCUGUUGCUACCCCACCAAGGUAGAAGAAGAGUUUCACGGGCAGCGAUUGCAAACAAAGAAGGACUUUGGAAGAAUGGCACCGUCCCUUAUAUAAUAGGACCAUUUUUCACUGAUGCUGUCAGAGGAAGAAUCUUGAAUGCGAUGCGCAAUUGGGAAAAGCAAACGUGCCUGCGGUUUGUUCCUAGAACUGAUCAGCGGGAUUACAUCGAGAUUCGUCUAAAACCGGGAUGUUGUUCAGCUGUUGGUCGAGUGGGUGGAAGACAGGAAGUUUUUCUGGGUUAUGGUUGCCACGGUUUUGGCACCAUUCUGCAUGAGCUUGGUCAUGUUAUCGGUUUCUGGCACGAGCAGAUGAGGCCGGACCGCGAUGACUACGUCGAGGUUCUCCACCAAAAUAUCGUGGAAGGAGAAAAACAUAAUUUUGCCAAGCUUCCGGUCAGCUCGGUUAACUCUUUGGAUCAGAUAUUUGAUUACCAAUCCAUCAUGCUAUACGGCACAAACGAUUUCAGCAGUAACUAUGGCCGGACGUUGAAGGCGAAGUUGUCCCGCUUCGUGUGGAAACAGCAAGGCGGCAUAGACUAUUUCCAGCUGCACACAAGGGAGGGCGCCUCACAACUCAGCCGUAGAGAUAUCAUACAAACAAACUUGCUGUACAAGUGUGCACUUUCACAUGAAAAUGGUGAAAUUCUCGUAGAAUCUCGAGGCAGGUUAAUGUCACCAAACUUUCCAAGACCAUACCCCCGAUCACGUGACUUAUCCUGGACGAUUCUUCCACGACGCAUGCGUAGCAAUGACGUGCUCGCGCUUGUGUUUGAAUUUUUCUUGGUUGGAACCGCAAAGCCUGAUGGAGAGUGUGAGAAUGGGGACUACUUGGAAAUCCGCGAGGGAAAGGGCGAGCUCGCGCCUUAUUUGGUCAAGUUAUGCGGAGCUAGAAAACCAUUUGUUAUCGCUGUACCACGUGAUAGCUUGUACGUCAGACUUCACGCGACAAACGACACUGUUGCUAUCGUAACGCCAAGUCCGACCCUUUCGAUUCAAUCGCGAAGAAUACUUAGGAAUUCUGAAGAGAAGCGAAUUGGCUUUUUGCUUGAUUACAGAAUUACCUCCAGUUGUUACAUAAUGCUGUCAGAUUUGAAUGGCACCAUUUCCAGUCCUGGCUAUCCCACUCCCUACCCUGACAAUACUGAUUGUAUCUGGCAAAUAUCUGUUCCAACCGGUCAUCGAAUUGCGCUAGCCUUCAUCGACUUUGACUUCCGACAGGUAAACCAGGAGGAUGGAUGUACUGACUACCUUGAGAUGCGGGAAGGAGAAAAAGCCACAUCUCAACUUGUCAGUGUUCACUGCGGGCGCGAUUUCCCCCAAAAUCUGACAACAAGUGGAAAUCACCUGCGUAUUGCGACACAUUCGGGACAAGCCGGAAGAAAGGGAGGAGCAGGGUUUAAGGCUCGUUAUCAGGCGGUAGAUAUUGACGAAUGUAAAGAGGGGGGUUCCAGCCCCUGCGAACAGGGAUGCUUGAAUGUGCCAGGGGGUUAUCUCUGCGGAUGCUACGAAGGCUAUUUCUCUCUGAGGGAUAACCCCCACCAUGUCAACUGCAUAGAUAUCGACGAGUGUGAACGGGAUAAUGGCGGCUGCUCACACAACUGCACCAACACUUACGGGGAUUACUUUUGUUCCUGCCCACAAGGAUAUUACCUGGACAAAGAUCAAAGAACAUGUAAAGAUUCGGACGAGUGCAGGCUAUCCAUUUGCUCUCACACUUGUAUCAAUACCCCCGGAAGUUACCGAUGCGAGUGCAAAUAUGGCUACUUGCUAGACACCAACGAAAGAAGCUGCAUUCUUGCUAUCCCAAUGUGCACCGGGACUCUAACAUCACCCGUGGGUAGAUUCAAGUCCCCCGCGAUCCCGACAUGGUACCGAGGCUUGGUGGAGUGCGAGUGGGUCAUCCGGGUACGCGAGCUGUAUACCAUCGGGGCGUACAUGUCCCUGUCCUGGUCACGUGAUCAAGACUGUCGUAAUUACCUGCGCGUGGCCUGGGACGAGGGUGUCAUUAAAGAGUCGCUGCAGUUUUGUGGCCGUGAGGAUAUUGAGGGACUGGGUCUGCUUCACUUCAAGGCUCAUGAGAUCAGGGUGCAUUACUCUGUCCAGGCGCCUUAUCCCGAGGGGUUCACGUUUCGAUACCACAUGAGGCCCAAGAGAGAAGACCUCUGUGGCGGUAUCCUGUAUGGGCCCAAAGGCAUCAUUCAGUCCCCCAACUACCCGUCUUCUUAUCCGAGCCGCGUGGGAUGCCUGUGGCAAAUCCUCAGCCCGAAAGGAAAGCACGUGAAGCUGACAUUUGAGACCUUUGAGCUCGAGAGCGAAGCACAUUGCCAAUAUGAUUACGUAGAUAUCCGCGCAAAAUAUCAAAUCUCCGAUAAGCUGCGGCCUGUUGGCCGGUUCUGUGGUAAUGCAAGACCCCCUGCAAUGGAACCCAAAGAAGACGAAAUAUGGAUCAACUUCCAGUCAGACAGCACAGUCCAACGAAAGGGUUUCCGUGCUCAGUACACAUUUGUUUAAGCCAUUAUUAUAUAUUAGCAUGUACAUAUCCGCUAUAAAUAAUCCAUCGCUCUCUAAGGCGACAGCCGCAGCAAUUUCUGUGUUUAUUUGGCUCGAGUUUGCCACUAAAAGAAAACGCAGUGGCUAUAUGCCCGACAGUCGGGAAAGGUCCUUGAUGGACUAAAUGCCCAAAAGUUCCUAACUUAUUCAAAUAUAACCCAGCAAAUUGUCGAUCUAGUGAGUUCAAAGUAUUCUAUAUUUGUUGAGAAAGGGCAGGCAAUCUGAGUUGAGCUUUGUUGUCUAUGUUGAAUGUUUUCUGUUGUCUCUUUACACUAUAAAUACGUAAUUUUAGUGGCCAUUUUCGACAAUAUGCUGCUAAAUGGCGACAGCUCUCGAUUUGCUAAAAUAUUACGGUGAAUUUUCAACCUUGCGAGUUUAAAGUAUUCUAUAUUUGUUUAGAAAGGGCAAGCCAAUCUAAAUUGAGCUUUUUGUUGCUUUUUGUUUUUUCUUGCUUGUAAACACUAUAAACCUUUUCCGACUGUUGUUGUAGAAUUGUAGCAGAUAAAAUGCAAGGGUCAUUAAAAUAGUGAUGGUGUUGGACAUUUAUCUGUCGGCCGUUGCUAGGCAAACUUCAAGACUGUAUAAAUCUGCCAAACAUUGGUGAAAUGGAAUGAAUUUAGCCAUGGCAUCAUUGUUUAUGAAUCUCCAAAUUUUGAUGACGUCAUCAGGCGAUAUGACGUUACAACAGAAAAAUUAUAUAAUCUUAGCUGUUAAAGCAUCUGCAAUGAUAAAUGAAGCUUAAUGGCAUUAUCCGGGAGGGUGCCUAAAAGUUACGUAUGCCUUUUCGAUUCUUCCAAAUAAUAAAAUUUUCGCACAAUUAUAUAUAUUUUUUUAAUAAUUUCUUUAAUUUUCAAUAUAUUGGGAAAUUGCUGUUAUUACGUUUUUCUCGCCAGUCUCGGGCGUUUGUUUUCGAAGCUAAAAAAGUCGCGCGCGCGUAAAUAGUUUUCCCGCCAAUUUAUUUUCCCGCCUGGAAGUGUGAAUUUCCCGGAUGAUCGCCUACGCGCCUAACAACCGAAUCGCCAAGUAACGAGAAGCUCAAUUUAGAAUCGCUUGCUUUUUCUAAACAUAUAUAGGAUAAUUUGAACUCACAAGGCUGACAAUUUACUGGCUUAUUUGCACAGUCAAUUUUAACAUUUGUUGUUCACUGAUGUAAAUAGUGAUCUUGAUUUUGGUAUAGUGAUGUGGUUUAUUUCCCACUGCUACCAUAUUAAAGGUUAUUAUUAGGUUAUUCUUAUUAUUUGUGGUAUUUGUAUUUGAGUAAAUUAUUCGUUCUGGUUA